UGUGCGCGCGUCCAUGAAAUGAGAGGAAAGAGUGAAACGGAGAAAUAAGAGUCUGGUAGCCAGAGGGCGGUGGCAUUUCUCUCUCUCUGCGUAAACGGAGACAGUGGAGAAGGAGAGAGCGCACGGAGAGAGGAGCGGAGCUUAGUGGCGAGGCAGCAGUGCCGCUGACACGAGGGAAGGAAGGGACCCCGCGGUUAUUUCCACCACCUCAUCACAGCCUGACCUGCGCCUUUUCACACGGACUUAGACGCCGGGACUAGAAGCUUUUACACGCAGCCUCUCCUCACAUUUGCGUUUUCAUCGGUGGGGACUCUGUUUGAUUCACCAUCUAGAUCCUUUUUUGGUGGUGGUGGAAGGCGGUGGGGUUCUCAUUUCACCCCCCACCGUGGACGGAGGAGUUUCUGCGUGUUUACCUAUGUGCAUUACGCGCCGCCUGUAAUGGGUAAAAGUGGACAGAGAAGUGGAGUAGUAGCACUCGGGGGUUGCAGCUGGGUGAGAAUGUGCGCCACGCCGGGAAUUCUGCUUCUCCUGGUGCUGGUUCACCCAGGAGUCGGCCAAGUGAGAGAUGACGACGAUUUCCUCAGUCUCAGCGAGCUCCCAGAAACCUUCCCAUCUGAUCCUCCAGAGCCCUUACCUCACUUCCUGUUUGAACCUGAGGAGGGCUACAUUGUCAAGAAUAAACCUGUCAAUCUCUACUGCAAAGCAACACCUGCCACACAGAUUUACUUUAAGUGCAACAGCGAGUGGGUCCAUCAGAAGGACCACACUGUGGAGGAGAGGGUUGACGAAAACUCAGGUCUCGUGGUAAGAGAAGCCAGUAUAGAAAUAACGCGACAGCAAGUCGAGGAGCUGUUUGGUCCUGAAGAUUAUUGGUGUCAGUGCGUGGCCUGGAGCUCCGCCGGGACCACCAAAAGCCGCAAGGCACAUGUCCGCAUUGCAUACCUGAAGAAGGCAUUUGAGCAGGAACCCCUGGGAAAGGAAGUAUCCCUGGAGCAAGAAGUGCUGUUACAGUGUCGCCCUCCGGAGGGCAUACCAGCUGCUGAGGUGGAGUGGUUAAAGAAUGAGGAGAUAAUUGACCCAGCAGAGGAUAGAAACUUCUACAUCACCAUCGACCACAACCUGAUCAUCAAGCAGGCGCGUCUAUCUGACACAGCCAACUACACAUGUGUGGCUAAAAACAUUGUAGCCAAAAGACGAAGCACUACUGCAACAGUUAUUGUUUAUGUGAACGGUGGCUGGUCAACUUGGACGGAGUGGUCAGUGUGUAACAGCCGUUGUGGACGAGGCUUCCAGAAACGAACCAGGAGCUGCACUAACCCCGCCCCUCUCAAUGGAGGACUCCCCUGUGAUGGUCAGGCCAUACAGAAGCUGCCCUGCACCACACUGUGCACUGUGGACGGUGUGUGGACAGAGUGGAGUAAGUGGUCGGCCUGUGGGACAGAGUGUACGCAGUGGAGGAGGAGGGACUGCAACAACCCGGCUCCUAAGAACGGUGGAAAGGACUGUGAGGGACUCGUGCUUCAGUCUCAAAACUGCACCGAUGGACUCUGUAUGCAAAGUUCAUUGUUGCAGAAGUCCACUGAGCCCAAAGAAAACAAUGAUUUGGGAGUUUCAUCUGCCCCAAGCACAGAUGACGUGGCUCUGUAUGUGGGCAUUGUCAUCGCGGUGAUUAUGUGCCUGUUCAUCUCCGUCAUCGUUGCGCUCUUCGUGUAUCGGAAGACCCACCGCGACUUUGACUCAGACAUCAUUGACACCUCAGCGCUGAAUGGAGGCUUCCAGUCUGUCAAUAUAAAAACAGCCAGAUCAGCUGAUCUCCUGACGGCUCCUCCCGACUUGACAAAUGCGGCUGCCAUGUACCGCGGUCCAGUCUACGCCCUUCACGAUGUGUCAGAUAAAAUCCCAAUGACCAACUCCCCUCUCUUGGAUCCUCUUCCCAACUUGAAGAUCAAAGUCUACAACUCUUCUGGUCUGGUCACACCACAGGACGACCUCGGAGGAGACUUCACAUCCAAACUUUCUCCUAAGGUAACCCAGUCUCUGCUGGAUAACAGUGACACCAUGAACUUUCGCAACCAGAGCCUGGCCCGAACACGAGAUCCUUCCUGUACUGCUCACGGGUCCUUCAACAGCCAAGGAGGACACCUCAUUGUACCCAACUCUGGUGUGAGUUUGUUGGUUCCAGCGGGUGCUGUUCCUCAGGGUAGGGUGUAUGAGAUGUAUGUGACUGUGCACAGGAAAGACAGCUUGAGACCCCCGGUAGAGGACAUCCAGACAGUGCUGAGCCCAGUAGUGAGUUGUGGACCUCCAGGUGCCCUGCUGACAAGACCAGUGAUCCUCACCAUCCACCACUGCGCUGACAAUGUCCAGGAGGACUGGCUUAUACAGCUAAAGAACCAACUUGCCAUGGGAGAAUGGGAGGAUGUGGUUGUAGUGGGAGAGGAGAACUUCACCACCCCCUGCUAUGUACAGAUGGACUUGGAGGCAUGUCACAUUCUGACAGAGACUCUGGGGACGUACUGCCUGGUGGGUCAGUCGAUCGGCAAAGCAGCCGCCAAGAGGCUCAAACUGGCUGUUUUUGGGCCUGUGUCUUGCACAACUUUGGACUAUCACAUCAGGGUCUAUUGUCUGGAUGACACUCAAGAUGCACUCAAGGAGGUUCUUCAGAUGGAGACACAGAUGGGAGGGAAGCUUCUGGAUGAGCCAAAGACUCUGAACUUUAAAGACAGCACACAUAAUCUGAGACUGUCAAUCCACGACGUGCCACACACACACUGGAAGAGCAAACUCAUCGCAAAGUAUCAGGAGAUCCCAUUCUACCAGGUGUGGAGUGGCAGUCAGAGAAGUCUUCACUGUACCUUCACCCUGGAGAGACUGAGCUCAGCAAUCACAGAGAUCAGCUGCAAACUGUGUGUACGGCAGGUAGAAGGAGAAGGACAGAUCUUUCAGCUCAGCAACACAUUGGAGGAGGAGCUCCAGAGCAUAGACACGUCCCUAAUGGACCCUGCCAGCAAUAUCACAACCUUAGUUGGGCCCAAUGCCUUUCGCAUUCCUUUAUCCAUCAGACAGAAGUUAUGCGGCAGUCUGGAUGCACCGCAGACAAGAGGCAAUGACUGGAGGAUGCUGGCCCACAAACUCAACCUGGACAGGUAUCUGAACUACUUCGCCACCAAGUCCAGUCCGACAGGCGUAAUCCUGGAUCUCUGGGAGGCCCAACACUUCCCCGACGGUGACCUAAACGAACUGGCCGCCGUGCUGGAAGAAAUGGGUCGCCAUGACAGUAACCUCGCCUCCAUGACAACAGAACACUGACAAAGCAGCGUGGUUACCAUGACAAUGACAGAACUCUGGAGAUGAUUACACGUGAAUUCUCUACGGUUGAUACUGCAGCAAGGGCAAUGAACAAAUUAGAUGUGAGAGAAAGGAAAGUUGUCACCAUGGUGAUUGAGCAGUGGUUAAAUACCGUGGUAAUCAUGCCGACAUGGUAAUAGAUAGAAGGACGGGGGCUUGAGCUGGUGCAAAAACUAUACAUGUAUCUUUUCGUGUGUGUAUUUGCGAGAUUUUGCAGUGUCGUGUGUGAUCGAAGGAGGAGAAAGCCCUUCCUAUCAGGAACAAACAAAACAUACAUGCGCCUAAAAAAACAAAACAAAGACCUUGUCUACCGUAACAUCAGCUGUUCUCUUGCUGUUACUUUAAUACUGAACAGAGACAAGCAGAAGAAAACAAAAAAGAAGUAAGAGAGGUACUGACCUUGGACACCUUCUACAGAAAUGGAACAUAACCAUAAAGGGAGAGAAGGUAAACUGAUUACAGCAGAGUGGGAGAAGGUAAAUUGAGGAAAAAGAAAGAGUGAGUUAGAAACUCUGUAGAAAGAUGAGCGCAAACACAGAGAGAAGCUAAAGUGAUUACAAAAGAGAGGGAGGACAUAAACACAAAAUGAUGGAAGCCGUGGCAGGUGAUCAUCUGGAUGGAAAACAGAUAAUGAGAGGGGAGAUAAAUAAGUGGCUCUUCUCUUGUGAGCCUUGGCUGUACGUGUUUGCCAGUACAGUUUGUUGUCUUUAUAUCGUUUCUUAGGGAACGCUCUAUGUAUUCUGCUGUCCAUAUGUGUGGAUCAUUUCCUGCUAACAGAAUUUGCUACAUGGUGACUGUCAAUCAAGGGUCCUGACCAGAAACAAGCCCGAGACAACAGGUUUAUCCUUUUGGCUAGUAUCAGAUCCAUUUGUUGUAGAAUAAGAAUGGAGUUUGAGGCUUUUCUCCAAAAUGCAUGACGAUAUUAAAUCCUCCAGGUUACAGGAAACUGAACACAAAGACAACUGACAGUUGCUGUCAGUGACGGUAAAAAAAAAAAGCCAAUCCAAAGAUGAUUACACUCCUCUUUGAUGCAUGGUAUGUUUUUGUUUGCCACUUUUAGUAAUACAUGACAGACUUGUAAACUUUUUCCGUUUAAAAUGUAAGUAAGAUGGCACUUAUGAUAAACAGAUAAAAGAAGCAGACAUCCACACCAUUCAUUCUUAUGCUCAGUGUCCUGCAGCACAGUAUACUAAAAUAUUAGCUUUAUAGGAAUCAGCAUUGUCAUUUAUUUUUGUUCUCCAAAAAAAGGUUUUCAUUACCAAACUGCUAAUAGUAAAACCAUCCCUACAAAUACAUUUCAAACUAAAAUCACCAUGCUGUCUGUAGUAAAGCUGCUGCUAUGUUCCUUCACAAAGAAGAGCGGUUUGUGGAUGCAGGGUGAAGUACUCCAGUCAUGUCUAAGCAUUUGUUUAACUACAAUCUCAAAUUCAGGAGUCUCUCUGUUAGUGUUGGGGCUUGUUUCUGGACAGGGUCUAACUCAGAGAAAAGAGAGACAAAGCAAAAAGGGAUGAACCGGAAGUGAAAACGCAAGCGUUUUUUAAAAAAAUAUUUACUAUACAAAGUACCAUUGUAUUAUGUGAUAGUGAAUUAAAUACAGCUGAUAUCAUUCAUUACCGCUAAAUGUACCCAAUAUACAGAUUUUAUCAAUCAUAUUUUAAUUUACUAAUACAUAUAUAUAUAUAUAGCCGACAUAUAUAUAUUUUUCUUUCAUAUCUAUAGUAUCCCAUCAUCACAAGUUGCCAGUGGUAACCUGCUGUCAGGCCACAUGUGAUUUCAUUUGUGAUCGCCGCUGUAACUUUGCUGGGCACUAGCACCAUCCAGUGGCCUGUGAAGAUGAACAGCAUUUGCAUUUCUUUGAUCGUCUGAAAUGUGUAAAUACAUGAUUAUCAUGUUCAUCCUAAUGACAUUGUAUUACCGUAAUGUUUUUUUUUGUUCAGUGAUCAUUAUUAUUUACAUUAACAUUAUUAUUUUUGACAUUUUAAUAUGUUUAUAGGUGUGAACUGUAUGGGGGGGGAUCUGUAACAUAUCAGCUACUUGGCCUUUUUCUCAAACAACUUUCUGUCAGCAACUAACAUUCCAACUCACAGUGUAUUUAUUGAAAAAAGUUGAAAAUUAGAGCUAAAAAUCAACAUAACAGAAGGGGUCUAUGUAAAAUGAAGUGUAAUAUAUUUGUGUUUUCCAGAACAGCAUUGUGAACCAAGGCCGGAUUUCAAAUGUAUGUAUUGACUCGGGUCAACAGUGUCUGAUGAAAAGGUAUCACUCCAAUUUGCCAGGUUUGCAGAAAAAAACAGCCUUAUUUUCAGUGGCUUUUGAAUAUUUGUCAGAUCUCCCUGGAGAUGUUAACUCUAUUCACCAUGGAAAGGACAAUGUGAACAUUCAGUUGGAAGGAAAUGCUUGUAAAAUAUUCAAAAAUUGGAGUUAGGAUAUUUCUGUUGUAAAUUAUGGAGAGACGCCAUAUGAAACUGAAUAUCAGGUAUGUGGAGGAGAUACUGAGGAGGAUAUGUUUAAAAAAAAAAGUGAAAUAAAAUUUUAAAAAAUAGGCAGAGGUUGGGUUUAACACUGAUACAAAAGGUCAUAUCUUUACCUGGUUGUGACGGAUUUCAUCUUGUGGCUGUCCACACAGGAGGAAAUCUCGAGACAUUGAUUUUUUUCAUUGAUUUUUCUUUUUGUUCAGUCGGUCAGAAACGUGCAACUUUAAUAUUCAGACCUCUUGUAUCAGGAUAAAAUGUAGAUGAAAUGGACACAGAGGCCUCAAAGUAUGUAUGUCUUAAUUUUGGACAGUCCAGACUAGAAACGGUGUAUGGUGAAAUGACAGAAUGGAUGUUUUGUAUGUUUUCAGAUGUAACUGCUGAUGUCAGAUGCAAGGAAGUCAAAGGGAAGAGUCUUGAAAAUGUUAUGAGGAUAAAAGCCUAAAACAUCAAGUCAUCAUUUCAGUUAGUUUCAGAACAAAACAUGGACCUAAAGGUCAUGGCGAUGUCUCUUUCACACAGUUUGAUCAUCAACAUCACUGGCAACUCAGAGCUUUUGGAGCCUAAACUCACACUUACACAAGGUUGAAUUUUUAACCGAAACAAAUCAGUUAAGAAAUGUCGGUUACUGAUAAUAACAUAACUACAUCCAAAAAGUCUACAGUUUACCAGCAGGACAGACUUUCUAUCAAUGGAGAAAAAAAUAAAAAGGGAGUUUUCAUAUGAGGUGAGCACAUGUCGGCCUCCUGAAGAUGAUCCUUCAUGAUGUGAAAAUGAAGAAAGUAGUGUUAAGAUAUCAAAGUAUGUAAAAAAAAAUAUUUUUUAUCUACAGUAUGUACAGUUGUGUACUGUUGGCUACUGUUUGGCAAAAUUUCAGAAUAUAAAAAAAGAGCAGUACCGUUAGAUAAUAGUUUGUAUGUUUCAAGUUUUUUUUUCUUUUUUUGUAUUUAAGUUUUUCCUUUUUUGUAAAAGCAGUGUCUACUAUGCAAACUUGGCAUUGGUUAUCAUGAUAGAAGUCUAUAACUAGAGCUGUCCUUGUAAAUGCAUUUUGAUUUUACUAUCAGGAGUGGUUUGAUUUGAUUAGUGUGGGAUAGUGUUGGUCCUUUUUAGCUAAUUCUGGCACGCUUCACGAGUCUUGCUCAAUCUUGGUGAAUGCUUGCCUCUCUAUCUCCUCUAAUUGUUUUCUGUACAAAGUGUAAGAAAGAAUUUUUAAGACAAUUAAUAAAUUAUAUUUAUAAGCAAUGCUGAAAA